AUGGAUAAUCCUAAAGCCAUGGAAGAUGCCCAAAAUGCCCUGGGAAUGAUGAUAUACCAAAUAUUGAACAAUCAAGUAAAAAAAACAUGUUUUGAAAAAUGUUUUGGACAAAAAUUUUCAGAAGAAAUGGGAAAAAAUGAACAGAUAUGCUUAGCCAAAUGCAUGGAUAGAAUGUAUGAAACACAUACAAUUGUGACGAAGGCGUCAAACGAAAUUUCUAAGAAUCUAAAUGUUGAUAGUGGAUACUAA